UGAAGUAAAUUAGUGGGACCAAAAGUGAAUUCCGCCCCCUUGGAUCUCAAAACCCCCAACCUCACCCUUUCUCCCUACUCAACAAGGAGGAGAAUCCUGUAUUUCGUCGACUCUGAUUCCAGCCUCUCAAGGAGAACGUCUUCUUCCGCUAGGAUACUGUGAUCAUCUUCAAGCAGUGGAAACGAAAGAAAAUGGAGGACAAGGGCAAAGGAAGCGAAAGAUGGAACGGAGCCAUAGGCAAUUUGACAGAAAUGGCUUUCAAUUUGGAGUCACUCCAGAAGCUACUUCUUAAAAAGGCUGUCUUUGUUGAAGAAGAGACCUUUGCCAAAGCCUCACUUUGUUCCGAACAAGCUCGAACCAUCAAGGUUCUUGAACAAAGGGUAGAAACUUUGGAAAGAGAACUUGAUGCUGCCAUUACAGCUGCUGCUCGUGCUCGGGCAGAAAAACGACAGGCUGAGGCAGCAGAAAAGGCUGCUGAGUUGCAUGCGCAAGAAGUUACAAAAGAGCUCGAGAACACCUCAAAGGUAUUUGAGCUGCACAUGGAAGAGUUGCGUGCCAAACAAGAAGAGAUCGCCAAGCGUGAUAAGGAAAUCAAACUUUUGGAAGCUAUAAUUCAGACACUUGGGGGAAAAGAAUCGUCCUCGCAUUCAAAAAGAGGCUAGAACAUCUGUGUUGUGAAAUGUUUCUGUCAAGUUGAUUCUUUUUCUUUUUCUUGUAAAUUUACAUAGGAAGAAACAAUUCAAUGUGUCCACUUUCAAACAUAAAAAAGUGUUGAAUUCGACUGGCUAAGACAGCGUGUCUGUUCCGUUGCAA